ACCAAAACGAAAAAAAUACCCCUGUGCUGAUUUUUCUCACAAAUCCCAUCAAAACCCAUCCCAUCUCGGUGAUCCCUUGAUCCAUCCAAGCCCACGCGACGUCAGGAGGAUUUCUUACAACCACGUCUAACCAAAACAAGAGUUCGACAGCCACACUCGAGAUCCAAUGAGAGGUUUUGCAUCAGAUCUCGGGACUUGUGAAAGACUGGAUUAAAAGGACAAAGCCCGCACUUUUACAGUCAGCAACUGGUAGCUCUCACUUCACUACCGCUUCACGCACCACCGACCUUCUCCAAUAUUCAGGGAGAAAUCACCAACGAACCACAUAGGUUAGCCGUUCUUUUUAACAAGAAAGGCCAUAAACAAUACAAAAUACAAAAUACAAAACAAAGCGAACAAUCAACAUAGGUCAUACAGUCGUUUAUCGUCUAAGUAUUAGCAGGGUCGCUUGGUUGAAACUCGUUUGGCCAACAACUUUGGUCUGCUUACUACGACGAAUUACUACAACAAGCACAUAAACACCACCAAAACCCACCCACAAACAGUCAGACCUUUUCCAGUCCGAGACCUAUCCCAUUUACCGGGACUGUCAGCACCAGCAUACACUGCACAGGUCUUUUUCUAUUAUUAUCAACACGGCGAUGCUGAGCUCAGACAUCAACAACAAUAGGAGACCAGCAUUCAGACCCCAGGCGCAAUUCCCCCCGCGUCGUGAGAAGCUCUUUGAGACGGCCGCAAGCAGCAGCACAAGGCACCAAACCCCUCCACCAAGACAGGUGGUACAAUCAUUCGUUGACCAGCAGGGCGUCACAUCACCCCUGUCGGCAGCAUCUUCACCAACCUCAUCAGUAUCAUCCUCAUCAUCUUCAACAUCGGGCUGCCCAAGAUGCGGCUUCGACAACUCUCCCACCUCGUCAGCGGCGACGUCGCCCACCGCUUCGACCCGCGGUGAGGACGACGAUCCCACGUCGCUGGCAGACGCCCAACGCCAGAUUGAGGACUUGCGGCUGCAGGUGCGCACGCUCAACGAGAAAGCCGCAGUGGCCGUUGAGAAGUGGGCCAGCUACGAGGAUGAGCUGGCGCGAUUGCGGCGGCAGCUCAAAACCUCCUCCACGGCCGGCAGUGGCAACCCGCCCCAAACCGCGGAACCGGCAGCCGCAGGACACCGUAUAGGCUCCCUGUGGGGCGGCAAGACCACAUCGCCGCCCGCGACCGCCCGCGACAGAUCGUCGGCGUCGUCCAAGAUGGACAAGACCACCGACGACCUGCUCAUGGUCCUCUCCAAAGAGCAGCAGCUGCGCGUGACGGGCGACCAGACCAUGGAUGAUCUGCUCGUCGCUUUGACGCGGGAGCAGCAGCUGCGGGCGGCGGCCGAGGCGCGCGAGCUGGACGCCAGCCGCGAGGUCGAGGAGCUGAGCGCGUCGCUUUUCGAGGAGGCCAACGAGAUGGUCGCCACCGAGAGGCGCGCGAGGGCCAAGCUGGAGGAGCGGGUGGACAUUUUGGAGAAGAGAGACGUGGAGAAAAAGAGGAGGCUGGAGAGGUUGGAGCUGGCCGUUGGCAGGAUAGAGAGGGUCAAGAAGUUGCUCGAGGAGUCGUGAGGCGCUUUUGUUUUACCAAUGGCCAAUAUCUAUCGUUCUAUUUUCUUUUGUUCUAUAUAAUUGAUACCAUACGACGGGAAGACGGGCAGGGUAGGGCAGGGCAGGGCAGGCAGGCAUGGGAGGGAAUGGGUAAUCACUACAGACUGAAUUUGGACGCCAGACCAAGAUAGUUUGUUCGACUUGCACAUAAUGAUUUGGAUCGUGCAAAAUUAAUAACCCUCUAAUUACUCCACUCGCUAUGCACGUAAUACAAUGUAAACAAAAAUCAGUAGAGAAUCAAGCUGUUGGA